AUGGAAGAAGAUGAUCGAUCGUUGCGAGGGAUGCUUCUGGGUACAAUUGACGAGGUGGUGCUGGCCAAAACUGUUGUUCCCAUAGUAGUUCCCGAACAACAGGGUAAUAACACAGUACUCGAUGAAGACGAAACAAUAAUUUGCCAGAAAGUGGAUGACGAUUUAUUUAACAUUAGUGACGACUAUGCCAUUUUGAAGUGCCUUGGACACGGCGCUUUUGGACACGUUGCUGAAGCCUACCAUCGGAAGACGAACACAAGUGUUGCCAUCAAAAAAGUUGAAAUAGACAAAGACCAGAAUAUAUCCGAGGAGUAUAAAUUUUUACAAUGGAAACGACUUAGUGGCGAAAUAUUUAUAUUGAACGCGCUGAAGGGUAAACAUGAAGGUGUUGUACAAUUAUACGACGUGCGUGUGGAACCGAAUAAUAAUAGAAUGAAAGAAGUGUAUUUAACAAUGAACUUGAUGGCGACAGAUUUAGACAAAUUGAUUAAAUCACGGAGAUUAACUAAACGAGAUAUACAACGCUAUACCUAUAAAAUAAUUAAGGCAAUCCAAUACAUCCAUUCAGCUAAUGUCGCCCUCAAAAAUUCGCUGAACAAGCGAAAUAUGAGCAACUACGGAGUUGGAACAGAAAUCUAUCGUGCUCCCGAACUUCUUCUCAGAUGUUCGCAUUACAACCGAGCUGUUGACUUGUGGUCAAUUGGGUGCAUAUUCGGAGAAAUGUUUGAAGGUACUUCGUUGUUUACUGGUGCACGUUUCUAUCAAUUAUAUCCCGAAGUAUUUGAACUGAUCGGUACUCCAACAACUAACGAAGAUAUCGAAUGGUUGUCAGAAGAGUGCAGGUGUACAAUCAGAAGCAGUCCAGUCCAACCUGAAUCGUGGGAAAAAUUAUCAAAUAUAUCAAAAGAUCCAGACGCGUUGGGCUUACUACAGAAGCUAUUGGUAUUCAAUCCGAAUGAUCGAAUAAAUGCUCAGAAAGCAAGCAAGGAUCCCUAUUUUGCAUUAGAUUCAUUUGAUCAAUCCGUAGAAAAUGAAAUCUCAGAAAUUAAAAUAUCAGAGGAUUCGAAAACGGUGCAGGAUGUUCAGCAGAAAAUAUACAAUCAAGUGAAAGAAAUUAGACUCAACCAUAAAAAGAUGACUGAUGACGAACUGAUCUCCACGUUCGGAUUUCAAAACUGUCUUUCUUUCUGA